AAUCUAGGCAUACCUGAGAUUGAAGUCUGAGUGGCCGUUUAUCGUCUGCUUCUUCCAGGUAUGGGCAUCUAGUCUUUCACUGAAAGGCAUAUAUGAGAUUUCCUAGACUGAACGAUCAAAGCUGCUCAGUGAGCCGGGUGGUAUUAGCAUUACUCCCGUUAGUUAAUGCAUGGUUAGCUAAGCCUCGGUGUUCAGGACGUCGGCGAACAAAGUUACUCCCGACGGUCGAACUUCCAAGUUUCCAUUAAUGAUUUGCACAACGUAAUAGCCAGUUAUGCAUCUUAGUCAUGUCACCGUCGAAACCGUUAACCUACGAAAGGCUAGUGUUUGAAGUUGUCUUGACGACAAAUCCCCUGUUGGCUAACCCUCUGCUAACUUGACAGAUGAAGCUAUGAAGCUACAGUUGUACAGCCUUCAUAUUGUAGAUGGCAGGGAGCACGUCGACUCGUUAUGUUAAACUGUGUUGCUGUCCUGAACACUCAACACCUUUAUGUUAUAUUAACAUAUCUCCACUGUCUAACAUGUAAACUAACGUUACCUCUUGCCCUACAAAGAUUAGCGAGUUGGGUUUAGCGAGACUUAAUUUAGUUAAAAAUAAAGUUGAAGAUGGGAUUUUCUGUUACGAGAGGUCCUUUUGUUGAAGCCAAGAAAGGCUGCAGUGUUAUGGAUGAAACAUGAAGGCCCAAUUGCAAGUCACAAUUCUAUCAGCCAAGCUGAAGGAAAACAAGAAGAACUGGUUUGGUCCCAGUCCAUAUGUGGAGGUAGCCGUGGAUGGCCAGUCAAAGAGGACUGAGAAAUGCAACAAUACACACAAUCCUAAAUGGAAGCAGGCUCUCACAGUAAUCGUGACUCCAGUCAGCAAACUGAUUUUUCGUGUUUGGAGCCACCAGACACUGAAAGCAGACAUCCUGUUGGGAAUGGCCGCACUGGAGAUCAGUGAGAUGCUUAAGGCCAAUGACUUGAAAUUAUGUGAGGUGGUGCAGACAUUGCAACUGUGCUCUGACAAAGACCCCCGGGAUGUUGUAGGUGACCUGUCAGUCUGCCUGGAUGGCAUGCAGGUAGACCCAGAAACCUUAGCUUCGGCAGAGAGAGAACAUGCCACUGUUUCCAAUGGAAAUGCAGAACAAAAUGGAGGCACAGGCAACAGGUCAAGCAGAGACACAUCUCCCUCCAGUGACUCGGAGGAGUGGGUUAUUGUACCUAAUGGCCAUACGGUCAAUGGCAAGAGUUCUCCUUCUCGAUCUCCAGGAGGCUCUAAUGCCUCGCGUCCUCUCAGACCAACCCGACCUCCUCCUCCUACACCUCGGAGACCAGCAGCCUCACCGACCUCUUCUAGCAGUUCCUCUCCCAGUGAGCUGAGUGAGGGUCCAGCCUCUGAUGGCUCCUCCCAGGCGUCAGCUAGUGGGUGUUCAAAUCAGCAGGAUGACUCAGGCGCAGGAGCAGCGACAGCAGGUUCUUCACAGGCAGCAAGUGGCCCCAAACCAGGCUCUUCUGCUCCAGCAGCUCUUGCCACAACAGCUCCCAGAAUCACACCCAUAAGCAACGGUCCCUUACCACCAGGGUGGGAGCAACGGGUGGAUCAAAAUGGACGGGUGUAUUAUGUGGAUCACAUUGAGAAAAGGACAACCUGGGACAGGCCUGAACCUCUGCCCACAGGGUGGGAGCGCAGGGUGGACCCGAUGGGUAGGGUGUACUAUGUGGAUCACAUAACCCGAUCUACUACGUGGCAACGGCCCACCCAGGAGUCAGUGCGUAACUAUGAGGAGUGGCAGCACCAGCGCAGCCAGCUGCAGGGAGCCAUGCAGCAGUUUAACCAGAGGUUCAUUUAUGGGCUCCAGGACCAGUUGGCAGCCACAGCCAAUAAAGAAUUUGACCCACUGGGACCUCUACCACAUGGCUGGGAGAAAAGAACAGACACCAAUGGCAGAGUGUAUUUUGUUCAUCACCCUACUCGGACAACACAGUGGGAGGACCCCAGGACGCAAGGGCUGCUGAAUGAUAAGCCCCUGCCAGAGGGUUGGGAGAUGAGGUUCACUGUGGAUGGUAUUCCCUACUUUGUAGACCACAACCGGAGAACCACAACCUACAUUGACCCACGCACGGGCAAAUCUUCACUUGAGAAUGGGCCACAGAUAACCUAUGUCAGGGACUUCAAAGCCAAAGUGCAAUACUUUAGAUUCUGGUGUCAGCAAUUGUCAAUGCCUCAGCACAUUAAGAUUACUGUCUCCCGGAAGACAUUGUUUGAGGACUCAUUUCAACAGAUCAUGAGCUUCCACCCUCAAGAUCUGAGGCGGAGGCUUUGGAUAAUUUUCCCUGGAGAGGAAGGCCUGGACUACGGAGGGGUGGCCAGGGAAUGGUUCUUCUUGCUCUCUCAUGAGGUACUGAACCCCAUGUACUGCUUGUUUGAGUAUGCUGGCAAGGACAACUACUGUCUGCAGAUCAACCCUGCCUCCUACAUCAACCCUGAUCACCUCAAGUACUUCAAGUUCAUAGGACGCUUCAUUGCCAUGGCCUUGUUCCAUGGCAAAUUCAUCGACACAGGGUUCUCCCUGCCCUUCUACAAGCGUAUUCUGAAUAAACCUCUGGCUCUCAAAGACCUGGAGUCCAUAGAUCCAGAAUUUUACAACUCACUCAUCUGGAUCAAGGAUAAUAACAUAGAAGAGUGUGGUCUGGAGAUGUUCUUCUCAGUAGACAAAGAGAUCUUGGGGGAGGUCACUACCCACGAGCUGAAACCAGAUGGAGGGAACAUCCAAGUAACUGAGGAAAAUAAGGAGGAAUACAUCAGGUUGGUGGCAGAGUGGAGGCUGUCCAGAGGUGUGGAGGAGCAGACUCAAGCAUUCUUUGAGGGCUUCAAUGAAGUUUUGCCCCAGCAAUACCUUCAGUACUUUGAUGCUAAAGAAUUAGAGGUGAUGCUGUGUGGGAUGCAGGAGAUAGACCUUGUGGACUGGCAGAGAAACACAAUCUACAGACAUUAUGCCCGAAGCAGCAAACAGAUCCUCUGGUUUUGGCAGUUUGUGAAGGAGAUGGACAACGAGAAGAGGAUGAGACUGCUGCAGUUUGUCACAGGAACCUGUCGUCUUCCUGUGGGCGGCUUUGCUGACCUGAUGGGAAGCAAUGGCCCUCAAAAGUUCUGCAUUGAGAAAGUGGGCAAAGAGAACUGGCUUCCACGAAGUCACACAUGCUUUAAUCGUCUGGACCUCCCUCCUUAUAAGAGCUAUGAGCAGCUGAAGGAGAAGCUCAUGUUCGCUAUAGAAGAGACGGAAGGUUUUGGGCAGGAGUAAAGUAACAAGAGCAAGAGCUGCAGGAUGAGAUGGAGGAGUGUGGGAUAGCAGGAGCCAUAUCCCUUUCAGACAAGAGCACUUUUCAGCAGAUUCUACUUGCAGCCAGGAGCUGCUUAUAAACUGCUAGUUGAACAUAAAAAUCUUUAUUUUCUCUCACAUUAUCUUAUGCAGUAAUAACUGUUUGUAGGCAGUUUCUCGUCGUAAAUUCAUUCAUCCCACAGUCUGUUUCACUUUGGAUCCAUAAGAUCAGUUCCAACCUAAUCUACCUGAUCUCAUUAAGCCCUGUUCAGCCCACUAACAUGUGAUGGAGGCUCACCCUGUCAUGUCUGCACUUGUUAUAAGUUACGCAAGUGCAGUUUCAAUACGUAAAUCUGUGAAUCUGGCAGUAGUAACUUGCUAAGAGUCGCCUUGUUGAGUCUAUGCACUCGAACUGAUCAUUUCAGAGCAAAGAGUCUUAUUUGUGCAUUUCGACUUAAACUAAAAAAAGUUCAUAUCGCAGAGCAACAUCAAAGGCACGUGCUGUGUGGCUUUGGGUCUUUCAGGCUCAACUUGUAUUCUUUUUAGUGAAAGAGUGGAUGAAUGGAUGGACUUUUUCUCACAGCUGACGGGACUGACUUCUGUAGCACAUAUGCAUUUUCUUUCAGAACUUUGAUAAAUGUGAUCAUGCUAAUUGAAAUAGUAAUUUCUCUUAUUUUGGCAGGUUGAUUUCUUAACUUUAUAAUAAGUUGAAACUUUGAAUUAGUUUGCACAUAAUUAUGUGAGCAGUAAGAGGGUUGUGGUUGUUUUUAAGCGAGGUUGUAUUUUUAUGUGCAAUAGUUUUGUAGAAAACAUUUUUGCCAAUAAUAGAGCCAAACAGUGAUUGGUUUGAUCAUUUUAUAACACUUUGAUAAGUUUCAGCAUUUACUAUUGAUUUGAGAACACUUGCAGGGUUGGUUGUGAUUUGAUCUGACUAACAUUACCUUCCCUAAAUUGUCUGUGCUGUACAUAAUAUCAGCCUAACUGACUAUGGAUGGUCUCGUCCUUGACCAGUCAGGGAUACUGACAAGACUUUUCUUAAUUAUUAUGAGCUGUUACUAAUGAAGUGGGACCAUUAGGAGGUAUUGCAUAACAGAGAACAAUGAUUUGUUGAAUAAUCACUUAUUCCCACUGAAUGGUAACUGAUGCUUUGGUAGAUGUCCAGAUUUAAGUAUUAUUCUAGAUAAAUAAUGAAGAUUACUGAAUCCUAACUGUUGAGUGUUGAAUGACUAAUGCAGUUUAUGUAAAUACACUAACAAAGUAAAAAAUCACUUUAAUAUCUUAAUACAUUUAGUUCACCCAAGCAAUGGACUCUUUUGAGUUGCAGGCAGAAGCUGAUAAGUUAAUUUUUAAAAAAGAUUUGAAAUAAGGUAGUAGAAAGUGGCCCUAGUUUUAUAGGGUGUGAUGGUGUUCAGAUUUGUACAUUUUUAGGGUAUUUCAUGACCUUUCCACAAAUAGUUCUGCUUAAGUCAAAUUUAAAGUUCCCUUUUAGUAUCAGAAAUGAUUAUUGAACCAAUUUACCAAAGGAUUAUGUUUACUUUUUUUUUUUUUUUUUUUUUUUUUUUGAAACUGACUGAAAAGUCAACCAGCAUAAUUAGAAAAAAGGUUUGAACAAAAUUCAAUCUAUAGUGUGAUAUUUUUAAAAUGAAUAGUAACUGUCCAAUCAUCAAGGUUUGGAGUGUCAGUUUAGGCAAUGUGGUAAAUUACGUGGUGUAAUCUCACUGUGCAUCCCAGAUUACUGAAAAUUUAAUUUACAAUUUACAAAUUAAUUUACAGUAUAUUCCUUUUAAUUUUUCAGCAAAGUGUAAAACGGAGUAUCCAAAAUGGAUGUAUGUGGUAUCAACAAAUGUUGCCCAUGUAUUUGCCCUUUAUGAACCAUGUGGCUUUAUGUCAUUAUUGCAUCAUCAUUUCAGUGCUUGUACGAAUGAAAAAAACUGCUGGUGGUUCUCAAUGGCCUGAACUCUCCAUCACUGACCUGACGUGUGUAUUGACCCUCAGGCAGUACCAUUUACUGUUCACUUGAUACUUAUUGUGUCAGAUUUUUCACAUUUUCUCACAUUUUAUCCAUUGCUGGUAGUAAUUUAGUUAACGCACAUAAACAUACAAAACUACUGGUGUGCAAAUUUGUGAAUAGAUUGUUGUAAAAAAAAAAAAAUUAAAUAAAUAAAAUAAAAACCUUGAUUAAAAAAGGUUUUGUCAUUAAAAUGUUGACUGUUGAAUAUUUUAACAGAUUACAACUUACAUUAUAGCACCUUGACACUCCAAACUGGUUGAAUUAACCGGUUAAUUGUUCAGUCCCUGCUGUGUUCCCGAUUUUGGGGCAGUUAAACAUACAGAAAAAUGCAAAGUAGUGUUUUAGUUGUGCUGAUUGCAAAUCACGUUGAUAGUGAAAUCACUGUUUUUUGAGGCUUUGACUGAAAAUCGAUGGUUGAAUAUUAUUUAUUUGGAGGAUGGGUAUCAUGUAGCAAUGGACUGGAUUGAUUGAGAAAAAAUAAAAUGAUUAAAACGCUGGGCUCCUUCA